AUGCUGCGCGUGCUCAUCGUGGGGGCGGGGCUCACGGGGAGCCUCUGUGCAUGUCUGUUGAGACGUGCGCUUCAGAACCGAGUCCACAUUGAGGUGUGGGACAAAUCACGUGGCACAGGAGGCCGCAUGUCGACAUCUCGUUUCCGUGACGACUGUUUCAAUGCCGACAUUGGAGCUCAGUACAUCACAGCGACACAAGACUACAGGAGAAGACAUCACAGUUUGUAUGAGGAGCUGCUGUCCGCUGGCGUGCUGGUGCCCAUGAGCUGCUCAGUGCUCGGGUUGCGGCAUAAAGAACCAACCGAGGACUUUGUGAGUCCACAGGGGACCGGCCAGAUUGUCAAGCACUUCCUCCACAGCUCAGAGGCAGAGCUGCAUCUAAAGCGUCAUGUGACCUCAGUGCAGCGCACAGGUGCAUCAUGGGAAGUGGAGUUUUCUGAGGGUCAGAGAGAGUCCUUCGACGCCGUGGUCCUGACCAUCCCUGUACCUCAAAUACUGCAACUGAAAAACUUCAGCCAACUACUGUCUCCGGAGCAGCUGGGGGCGCUCUCCCAGGUCCAGUACUCGUCGCGCUUUGCUCUUGCUCUGUUUUUUGACAGAGACUCAGACCUGAACCUGGACUUCGGAUUUAAGUAUGUCACAGACAGCAAACUCAUCCGCUAUGUGAGCGUGGAGCAGAAGAAGAGAGGCUCCGGCGCAGGUCUCGGCCCGGUUCUUGUGGUCCACUCCAGCGUUGAUUUUGGGUCUGAGUUCUUGGAAUCAGACUUGGCACAGGUCCAGUCCCUGAUGAUGGACGAGCUGCGCAGACUUCACCCUGAUCUGCCUGAGCCAAUCAACAUAAAGACACACAAGUGGAGGUACUCCCAGGUGCUGACAUCACUUCCUGGUUGUCCUGGUCACAUGACUGCUGCAGAUGACCCUCUGCUGCUGUUGGGUGGCGACGCCUUCACCCACUCUAACUUUGACGGCUGCGCGGAAUCUUUUUUAUCGGUUCUGAGAGCGAGUCUGUGGACGGUCCUGGGUCCUGGUAAACCAGACCUCGGACCAGGCCACCGGUCCCAGUCAUAUUACAAGACAGCAGCGGUACCGCAGAAGGUCACUUCGAGGCUAAUGCUAACGCUAACGCCAGAUGUGAUGGUUCUCCGGGAGGUCCCAGUGGAGCAGGUCACUCGCCCCCUGGGUCGCUCUGAGGUCAUUGGGCUCCUGUUUCGUCUCACGGUGUUCGGAGCCGUCACCUACUUCACCAUAAAGUGGAUGGUGGACGCCCUAGACCCAACUCGUAAGCAGAAGGUGGAGGCUCAGAAGCAGGCAGAGAAACUGAUGAAGCAGAUUGGAGUGAAAAAUGUGAAGUUAUCUGAGUAUGAGAUGAGUAUUGCGGCUCACCUGGUGGACCCACUGACCAUGCAGAUCACUUGGCGGGACAUAGCAGGACUUGAUGAGGUCAUCACCGAGCUGAAGGAGACGGUAAUUUUACCAGUUCAGAAGAGGCACCUCUUCCAGCGCUCCAGGCUCCUGCAGCCACCGAAAGGGGUGCUGUUGUAUGGACCUCCUGGCUGUGGGAAAACCCUGAUUGCCAAGGCGACGGCAAAGGAGGCCGGGUUUCGCUUCAUCAACCUACAGCCCAGCACUCUGACGGACAAGUGGUACGGCGAAUCACAGAAACUCGCAGCCGCUGUCUUCUCCCUCGCACUGAAGCUGCAGCCGAGCAUCAUCUUCAUCGACGAGAUUGACUCAUUUCUUCGUAACCGCUCGAGUUCUGAUCACGAGGCCACAGCCAUGAUGAAAGCCCAGUUUAUGAGUCUGUGGGACGGACUGGACACGGACUACAGCUGCCAGGUGAUUGUCAUGGGAGCCACUAAUCGUCCUCAGGAUCUGGACUCUGCAAUUUUGCGACGGAUGCCCACACGCUUUCACAUCAACCAACCAAGUCAGAAGCAGCGGGAGCAGAUCCUGAAGCUGAUUCUGGACGACGAGAGGGUGGAGCUAACGGUCGAUUUGGAGGAAGUUUCCAAAGAGACUGAAGGGUUUUCUGGCAGCGACCUCAGAGAGACGUGUCGAGACGCCGCACUGAUGUGUGUGCGGGAGUAUGUGAGCUCCGGGAGCGACAGUGAGGACAUUCGUGCAAUAUCACAGAGCGACCUGCAGAGGGCGGUGUCCAAAAUGAAGAAGUCCAAAUCGGCAGGAGGUCAUAUGCUGCUGCAUGCUGCGCUGGACUGA